UGCCACCUUUAUAUUUCUAUACGUUUUGAAAUUAUUUUCUAUUUAUAUAAAUUACUGCUUGUCAUACGUACUAAUAGCGUUUCUCCAUAUAAAAUAAAACGUUUGAAGUUUUACAAGCAAGUUAGAACAUCAUGACAGAACAGCUGCUAUUUGGUGGAGCAUUUUCACUUGAAUUGCCUGUUAACCGGAAUGAUAUGAGUGUGGUACGGCAGAUUCCAGACAACCAAGAGGUGUUUGCCCACCCGCAAACAGACCAGAGUUUGAUCAUUGAGCUUAUGGAGGAGGUAGAAACACAGCAGCCGGAUGAACACGCAAUCAAAACUCAUUUUGAAGAUUUAGCCACAGUGAAUGGUUCUGCAUCUUCAAACAUUAUACAGACCGAAGAAAUUACACCAAAUGAAAUCUCCUUACAUGAGGCUGGAAGUUGCUGGUACAUACUGGGAGAGCAGAGCAUUGCAAAAUUCAAGGAGACAGCAAAAAACUUGGUCCAGAUUCAUAUGGGUUUGAUCCGAGUCCCAAAGUAUUCCACUGAUGUGCUUAUUACGUUGAAUGAUCCAAUAAAUAUAAGCACAGAGAGCAGUAGUCACCAUGCAGUGCCGACAUCUGCAGUACGCUGGAACUCUGGUGAUUUCAAAAGAGCGCUACAGUCUAUAAAGCUCCUUGAUCCAGGCGUGUUUGGUGUGUGACGCUGUGAUGAUCAGUAGCUAAGCCUGCUACAAAUGCAGAUACUCUUUAGAAACUAGAGACUUGUAUUGGGUCAAACAUUUCUGUAUAAAGAGAUACUUAAAUUUUAUGUUCGGCCCAGAUUUGAUUCUACCCAAGACCACAGGUUUCUUAUUAGAAGCUUAAAAUCCAAGAAUGGUAUACUUAUGAAUGCUCAUGAAAGUCUGAUUCACUUUUAAUGUUUGUGUUAUUAAGGAAUAUUUUCUCCUGUACAUAGGCAUUGCAUUAAGACUUGAUUGAUACAGAGCUAUUGUCUAUUGAUACCAUAACAGGUUUAUCCAGUUUUGGGUCCAUCUCAUCAGUUUAUGUAACAGUGCUCUAGAUAAUAAAUAUACUUGUAUUGUAGACGGCUGGAAACAAUAAGAACAGUUUAUUUUAUAUUCAAGACUACCAAAUAGGUAUAUUGCAGUAAGCUAUCAAUGCAAUUUCUUGAGUUUUUAUCUAUUCAGAUUUCUUUGUCAUACACUUCAUUAAAAUAUUCUUUGAUAGCACGGAUCUUUAUAGGUCCAUGAUGAUAUGGAGUUUGUCCCAGUUUAUUCACAAUCUUAUCAAGAGGUCUGAUAUUGGUUUGGUUUGAUAUUCUCAAAUUCUGUGUAGAACACAUGUUUCCAUGGUGAGGGAAAUCUUUCUUUACAAUGUUACAAUAUGAUAUAACAGUAUAAAGGCAUAUUCAGCUUGGUUGUGCAUUCAAAUAUACAUGUAUAGAAUCCUUACCAUAAUUACUUAAAGAUACAGUUUAGACAGCUAUUAAAUAUUUAUAUGUCCAACCAAUAAAAUAUAAUUUACUGAAAUUAUGCCAGAACCUGUACUGUAUGGUAGUUAUAGUAUGGGUAUUAUAUUGGCGGUGUUUACAUUGCUUUUCUUGUGUAUUAUAAAAAAAAAGUUUUUCAUUAAAAAAUAUUUGCUUUAAAAAAUAUUUGCUUUAAAACUUGGAAAAAGUGAUGGUUUCAAAGAAAAGAAAACCCUUCACUCAAGAAUGUCCUUCUGCCAAACUGUUUUGUUUAUGUACAAGUAAUAUAUGUUUGAAAAUAUUGACCUUAUAUAUAAAUACGAUUAACCUUGAUUAAGGACGGUCUUCUGUUAGUGCCUCACUACACAUUUGUUAAAUGAGUUAUGAGUAGAGUACAUUGUAUGAAUUGUGAAUAGAGUAUGAACUAGCUUAUGCAUUAUUGUAAAUUAUACAUGUGAGCUUUGUUAAGAUGGAAGAGCUAUAUUUAUAAUA